CUCUAUACAUUUAUAUGAAGAUUUAAAAUAAUAAUUUAAAAAAAAACAAUAGUUUUAAAAUAUAUUGAAAUAAGUGUUUAUAUCUAAAAACAAAUAGUCUUCAUCAUGGAUGUAACAAUACACGAUAGACUAAAUGUGUUACAUCAAAUUAGUCAACGAAAGCUUAUUGAAUUAUUAAAUAUGAUUCCUGGUACUAAAGAUUUAAUAAUUGAACAUAAACUUAUGAAAAUACUCGAUAGCUUUAUAGGAGUCACCACAUUUAAACGAUAUAAAGUUGACAAAAUAUAUAAGUUGGAACAAGGAUUAAAACCAUCAGAUAGUCAACGAAUAUUUCUGGUGUUUAGUAAUUUAAUCUCAUGUAAAAGGGCACUGGAUCAAAUUCAAUCAGAAUUAUCUCAUGUUACGUCUCAUGUACAGGUCCGUCAUCAUUUAUUAGUUGUACCAUUUAUCCCUACUGUAUUGCAUACAUUAAUAGAAGAAGAAGGACUUAGCGGAUUAAUUACAGUAUAUCCAUUAAGUUAUGAGUUAAUACGAUUAGAUGGAAAUGUUUUAUCUUUUGAAAAUUCAAUGUUUACGGACUUAUAUUAUUAUAAGGAUGGGACUUUUCUACCUGCAAUGGCACGUAAUUUGUGGUCAUUAUAUCUCGUGCUUGGUUCACCCAAAUUUACACUGUCUUUAGGAAAAUAUAGUCAACAAAUUUUAAAAUUUAUUGAGUCAUUAAAGCAAUCUGUAAAAUCUUGUAAAAUGGAAAAUGAAAUUGGUGCUUUUAUUUUAAUGGAUAGAAGUUAUGAUAAAGUUACCACACUGUUGACGCCAGUAACAUACUCAGGCUUAUUAAAUGAAAUUUUUGACAUAAAUAUGGGUGUGAUAUCUUCUGGUAAAACACGAACAAAGUUAGAUCCUGAUAAAGACCAAAUAUAUGGAGAAGUUCGUGACAUACCUUGCAGUAAUGUUUUCCCAAUAUUACACGAAAAGACUAAAUUGCUUAAAUCUGAACAAGAAGCAAUAGAAACAAUGAAACUUGCUGAAAUGGGACAAUAUAUAGCAACAAAAUUACGAAAAUCAAGUGAUAUGAAACAACAAUUAAUGUUUCAUAUAUCAGCUUGUCAAACAAUUGCAGACACAUUGGGAUCUGAGUUUCAAACGUUUCAAAGUAUUGAAAAAUUGAUACUUGAACGUAAAGGAAAAAAAGAGUGUUUAAAUUAUAUAGAGAGAAAUAUAGAUGAAAAUCCAUUAAAAUGUUUACGUCUUUUAUGUUUGUUAUCCAUUUUUAAUGAUGGUAUUGCUUCUUCAGAUUUACAAACGAUUCAGAAAUUACAUCUUCAUGCACAUGGUUACAAACAUAUUCCAUUAUUUUAUAAAUUGCAGACCAUAGGUUUAUUAAAAAGUAAAACAGAAAGUGGUAUUAAUAUAUUAACAGAUCAAAAUAAUGAGUGGAUUAAUAAUGUACAACGUUUGAAACUUUUACCAAAUAAUUCAAAAUAUAUUGAAUCAAUAGAUUCUACGUGUCCCAGCUACGUUUUUCAUAAUGCUUAUAUACCACUUAUCGCACAAAUUUUAAACGUUAUCGUGAAUCAGGAUAAAGAAAGUAAAACUUUUGAUAAUAUAUUGAAGUUGCCAGAUUCUGUUAUCAAUGGUCAACGUGGUAAACUUUCGCCAAAAAUAGUUGCAAUUUGUAUUAUUGGAGGAAUCUCUAAUGCAGAAAUAGCUGCAUGCAGACUCAUAGAAAAAUCAAUGGGUAUUAAACUUGUCCUCGUAAGUGAUAGUAUAAUAACUGGUAAUAAACUUAUUGAAAUGAUACAAGAAAUAUGAGAUUAUAAUGAACAAUUAUUAUAUUCAAUUUGUAUAUUAU